AUGGCUUCAUCAUCCUCCCACCCGCAAGCAGACACCCUAAUCCGCGCCGGCACAAUCGAAACACUCCAACCCGGCAUGCCACCACAGCGCUCCAUAGCCCUCCUCUCCGGCCGCAUCAUCGCUCUCUCCGAGGACCCAUCCGGCUUAGACGACUUCAUCGGCAGUCAAACCCAAAUCAUCGACGUGCCAGACUCCACUGUCCUCCCCGCAUUCACAGAUACGCAUACCCAUCUGAUUCUCGCCGGAUUGACCUACUUCGACGUUCCAGUCAAUGACGUAAAGAGCUUGGACGAACUGUUCGCAAGAUUGAAGAAGCGGGCGAGCGAGACGAAAGAAGGGGAGUGGAUUUGUACGGCGACGGAUUGGUUGGAGUACAAUAUCAAGGAGCAGAGGUUGCCUACGUUGAAGGAACUCGAUGCUGUUUCGACUAAGCAUCCCAUCAUGGUUAUGCGCGGUGGUCACAACGUUGUCGUCAACUCGGUCGUCGCAAACCUGCUAAACGUAACCUCCACCACCCCAUCACCACCCGGCGGCCUCAUCGGAAAAGAAGCAGACGGCAGUCUUUCCGGCCUCUUCCAAGACUCCGCCACCGUCCCCAUCCUCAAACUAAAACCCUCCACAACCCUCUCCGAACGUAUCUCCGGUCUAGAAGCCGCAAGCCGCGCCUACGCCUUAACAGGCACAUCCAGCGUGCGCGACUGCUACGUCCCGCUCGCCGACCUAGACGCCCUCAUCGCCACUUACUCCGCCGGAAAACUUGCCGUGCGCGUCCACGCCCUCAUACCCGCCGUAGGCAUGACCACCGCCUCACAAGUCGAAACCCUCCUCUCCAACAUGGAAGCAUACCGCCACCUCCAAACCGCCCCCUACCUCUCCGUCUGGGGCGUCAAAUUCAUGGUCGACGGCGGCAUGGAAGCAGGCGCCGUCACCUCUCCCUACCUGUCCAUCCCGCCCGGCCGCGAAAAAGACGCAAAUUGCAAUUGCUGCGGCCUCCCCUCCUAUCACGGGAUGCUCACGUGGGAGAAACCGGCGCUCGUCGAAGCCAUGACCGCGGUCGUGCGUCGCGGAUGGAAAAUAGGAACGCAUGCGUAUGGAGACCGUGCUGUGAAAUUGGUACUGGGUGUAUACGAGGAACUCAUGCAACGGUUUCCAUUCGAGCCGUGA